GGACGGUUUUACUGGCUGGCGGAAUACCGCGGGAAUAAUUUUCACAGAAGAAAUGGAGCCAGUCACGUUGCAGCAUUUGCCAGCGAUGACAAAUUGAAGAAUGCUCGAUAUUCGUGUUCGAAAAACGUACUGCUGAAAAAUUGCACAAACCAAAGCGAAAAGAUUUGGUGACAGAAAUAUUGCGGGCAUCAGUCAAGCAGCUUGAACGAUUUCGGCACCCGAAGAUCCUCCAGAUUAUGCACACAGUGGAAGAAAGUUCGGAAACUCUUUCGUUUGCCACCGAACCCGUCAUUGCCAGCUUAGCAAACGUCCUAGCUUACCAGGAAAGCGUGGGAACAGUUCCUGGACCUCCUAGCACCGGUGCCUCACAACAAAUUCAAAACAACUCCCCUUCGAAUCGGCCGGCACAUGCCAAAGAGUACACUUUCCUUGACAUGGAGCUCAAAUAUGGAAUUUUGCAGAUAACUGAAGCCCUUUCCUUUCUACACUACUCGGGCCAGGUGAUACACCGAAAUGUGUGUCCCUCGUCGAUACUAAUCACCAAAAAGGGAACCUGGAAGCUGGCGGGGUUUGAAUUUACCGAGCGAGUAAACGAAACCGAUGCUACUGACCCUGUUCCGGUUCAAUCCUGGUCCACGAGGACAUCCAAAAUGGUGCAACCCAACCUGGAUUAUAUGGCCCCGGAAAAUCAGAUCAACUCCAAUUGCAGCAUUCUGAGUGACAUGUUCUCGCUUGGCAUGGUGAUAUGCUCCAUAUUCAACCACGGGAGACCGUUAAUACAGUCUGGGAAUUCGCCACCUGCCUACAUCAAACAGAUGGAAAUGCUAGAUGAAGCCGUUCACAACAUCCUGCCCCGGAUACCGAUUCCACUGCAAGAAGCCGUGACUCGGCUGCUCAAAAAAUCACCAGCAGCCCGGCCGACGGCUCAGCUAUUAACGCUCAUCAAAUACUUCAGUGAUCCGGCCGUCCAGGCACUGCAGUUUCUGGACGUCAUCAACAUGAAAGAUCCCACGCAAAAAACCCACUUUUAUCGAAGUACAUUGCGAGAAGUGCUCCCCUUUAUACCGCGGAAACUAUGGUGGCAGCACAUUUGGCCUAAUUUACAACAGGAAAUGCGAGCAGACGAGGUGCUGGCAGCGGUCCUUCAACCCGCCCUGACUCUGGUACAGGAAUCAUCCAACACGGAAUAUGAAGCAAUCAUUUUACCAACCUUUAAGACUGUUUUUGUAGCCCCUAAAUCUAUACAAGCAACGGUAGCAUUACUAGAGAACCUGCACAUAAUCCUAGAGAAAACACCACGAGACGACAUCCGGACGGAAGUGCUUCCUCUGCUGUUCAAUGCACUCGAGAGUACGACGAUACAGGUGCAGAGUGCUGCACUAGUGGCUGUGACUAACGUGUACGACUAUCUGGACGACAUCACAAUAAAGAAACUGGUGCUACCUAAACUAAAAUCGGUGUUUGAGAAAAACCAAAACGAUCUCAAGAUUAUGGGGAACGUGCUGCAGUGCGUGGAGAGGACGCUCGACAAGCUCGACAAGUCACAGAUUAUUGAUGAAGUGCUGCCUUUGCUGUUGGAAGUUCGUUUGACUGAUCCGGACAUCGUUGUACGAGUUGUUAAUAUCUACCGGAUUAUGUUGUGUGAUAAAAAAUACGGGCUGACCGUCAACAUCAUGGCAACGAAAGUAAUGCCCACCCUUUUGCCGCAAACCGUGAAUCCUUCCCUAAAUCUCGAGCAAUUUAUGAUCCUUUUAGAGGUGCUUCAGGAGAUGUUGGACCAAAUCGACCGACAUCAGCGGAACAAGUUAAAGCUGGAUAAUUUGUCACUUCCAUCUCCGGAACGACACCGACCCCUACGUCAUCAGUUUUCCUCCGACAAUAUGAACAUCCAGCAACAGUUCAAUAUUCCUAACCUGCGAAUCGACCAGCGGAAAACUUCCAGUGCCGAGGAUAUGGCCCGGAAGAAUUCGACAGGUUCGGGUGCUCUAGGUAGCUGGUGGUUCGGCGGAUCUCCGUCAUCCCCGGAUAGCAACUUCCUGCGGGUGGUCAACGCCUUUCCGAAUCGACGUCUCUCUGACAAUACGCUCAUGACCCCGAAGAUACGCAUCGCGCCGUCUUGUGCCUCGUCGCCAGGUGGCACUCCAGGUGGUGGUCUUCCGAUAAGACGUCAUUCCAGCAUUGGACCGCAGGAAAGACGAAGUUCCAACAUAAAUCUGUCACCACCAACCGGUUUCUGCGCUCGUGGCGGUUCCGGAUCGAGUCUCUCAGUGCCUGCCACUUCCGCUUCUUACGUACUUUCACGGAGCAUGAUCGGCGGCUCGAUGCCAAAUACGUCAAGUAGCGUGCCGUUCCUGCUCUCGUCUAGCAUGCAGUCGAUCCGAAGCCGCCGAACCUCGACGGUGCUCUCGUCUGGCCCGCUUGGUUCCGGAUCCGGUCUGCUGCAGCAGCUCGGUUCCGGCAUGCGACAGUUGUACACACUUGUGACCAAAGAUAGAUUCGGUGGACCAACAACUACGACACCAGCAGAAGCGGCGAGUUCUUCGUCUUCCUCAACAGUAGCGGCCGCAGCACUCAGCACCAUAACACCACAAACCAACAUCACAACCUGCAGCACAAUCAACAACAAUGUCACUACUGUUGCGGCUUCUUCUGCAAACAAACCCCUCAGUUCUGCCCUGGGUAGUAGUAGCAAGUCUUCACGAUCGAACUCGGUUGUCCCAGGCGGGAUGGUCAGCAAUAAUGGCACCAUUCUGGCAGCCGCAGUAACGCUCCAGCAACAACAGCCCACCAAACCUCCUCCUGCCACCCUGUCAUUGCUUUCGUCCAAUGCUUCGUACUCCCACUCCAAGUCUCCCGUUAACUCAAAAAGCCCUUCCAAACACCCCGCUGCUGGAAUUGGGAAACGAUAAGAGUAUAGAAUACAUACACGUGUAUUGAUAUAAUUUUUUACAAGUUUUAGAGGAACCAUUUUUCAUAUCUUUUUCCGAAUAAUGGAUACACAAGGGUUCUGAAAAUUAUUCAUGGUAAGAGAAAACAUCAAAUUUCGCAUUUCACUUUUAAGAUAUCAGUGUCAAUCUGAACCAGAACAUAUACAAAUGACAAAGAGAUCAAAUCAAAACUGUGUUUUAAAAAGCUAACAUUUUAAUAGCUGUUGAUAAAUGUUGCAUGUUGAUAAGAUGAAUCACGUGUCGAUAAUAACUAAAAACCCCGAAACAUCACCAAUAAUAUUAACGGCUAACUGAUAAUCUCGACGGGCAGGCACCGUCUGCGAAAGCAAAAAAUAUAAACUACCAGAUAAGUUUUUGUGAAAUUCGUAAGAAUACCGUUCGGCAAAGCAAGAAAUCAAAUACACUUACACGCACUCAAAUACUUACACUUGAAGUUUUAAAAUCCAAAGCUCGAUGCUUCAACCCAACGAGAGCAACACACAUCAACGGUAGAAUAAGAAAAUUCUUUUUGCAGAGAAAUGGAGAAAGACUUCGGAACAUCACGCAGGACGUGAAUCUAAUUUGCCGAUGGCGACGUUUUCAUUCAACAUUAAGCUUUUAAUUUCUUCCUGUUUAGUUAAAAAAUCAAAUUUUAAUCCUGAAAACCAGGAACAACACUUGAACGUUCAAGAUGAAACUCGGAAUCGAAGUAAAACAAUUGAUUUGGAAAUCAAAUUUUAGUUUUUUUUUGUUUUUAAUUAGGGAUGGAAUUCAUUUUCUGCAUUUAGAUUUAGAAAAAAGUGCUCAAAAAUGAGAGCACAAUUGCAAACCCAACCAAAUGUCAAUUCAGUCUAUGAAAAAAAUCAUCAAAACAGAUGCAUUGUAUAGUACGUACAUAUAUUCCAAAGCGCACUCUCUUAAGAUAAAAACAAAUGUAACGGAUAUCACACCAACUCCGACAAUCACGACCACUUGACGCGUUUCAGCUGAAAGUAUCCUAGUAAAAAAACUCAAACAGAACUGCACACUUCUAUCGGUCUUCAUAUCAAUCACAUCAAAGAGAAUUAUUCUAUGGAUGUUAAGCUAACGUAACAACUUAAAAACAAAACUGAAAAUAAGUAAAUAACACUCAUCCACCAUCACCGGCGACGAUCAGAGGCUAUUGGACCAAGCUAAAUUAAUAACAAAAAAUGUGAAAAACUAGUGAUACAUAAAAACAACUAUAGAUACAACAAAUAACAAAAUCACUCAUUGGCAACCCAUUUCCCCCAGAGUGGUGAUUGGUGCUGUGAAAUGGAAUGAAAUUACUCAAGCGAUAAAUUAGAAAUGAAAAUUGAUUCGAAAUCGAUACCUAGUUGAUAAGUUGCGAAUGAAUGUACAUAUCAGUUAAAGUUUACGUAAAAGUCACAAAUUGAUCACGGCACAUAAUUUAUGGUAUAGACUUGAAUGAAAAAAAACCAAAGAAAUCAAACCAAACAGCGUAGUUUAUUCUAAUU